AUGUCGCCCCGCCCUCUCCCCACGGCAGCUGGCGGCCGUGGGCGGGGCCUGGCGGCCGGAGGCUGGCGCGACCGAGUGUGUCAGGUGGGUGGUGCCCGGCCCCGCGUAGGUCCCAGCCUCGGAGGCGGCUGCCCGGCCCGUCGCCCGCCCGCCCGGCCGGCCGGCACCAUGAAGCGGGAGUCCCAGGACGCGCCGCCCGCCCCCGCGGCCGCCUCGCCGCCCCUCUCGCCCUCGGGGCCGCCGUCGCCCCAGGACCCCCAGGCGCUGUGGAUCUUCGGGUACGGCUCCCUGGUGUGGAGGCCCGACUUCGCCUACAGCGACAGCCGCGUGGGCUUCGUGCGCGGCUACAGCCGCCGCUUCUGGCAAGGAGACACGUUCCAUCGGGGCAGCGACAAGAUGCCUGGCCGAGUGGUGACCCUCCUGGAAGAUCAUGAGGGCUGCACCUGGGGUGUGGCAUACCAGGUCCGAGGGGAGCAGGUGAACGAGGCGUUGAAGUACCUGAAUGUGCGAGAAGCAGUGCUCGGAGGCUACGAUACCAAGGAGGUGACCUUCUACCCUCAAGAGACCCCUGAGCAGCCUCUCAAGGCCUUGGCCUAUGUGGCCACACCACAGAAUCCUGGUUACCUUGGCCCCGCGCCUGAAGAGGCCAUUGCUACGCAAAUCCUGGCUUGCCGCGGCUUCGCGGGUCACAAUCUUGAGUAUUUGCUGCGCCUGGCAGACUUCAUGCAGCUUUGUGGGCCUCAAGCCCAGGACGAGCACUUGGCGGCCAUUGUGGAUGCUGUGGGCACCAUGCUGCCUUGUUUCUGUCCCACUGAGCAGGCUCUGGCAUUGGUCUAAGCGGCCGCACUUCUGUGGGAAGUGCCCACACAGAUAUAGGGACCCAAUUCUUUCUUCAGUGCACACCGACUUCAGACUCUUAGCCAGAGUCCAGUAGUGGACUCUGGCAGGCAGCAGCGACUCCUCUCACUAAGGCCCUGCCUGCCUGUCUGUAGCCUCUGGUCUCUCGCCUCACACUGACUACUUGAAACUAUUUAUUGCACCAUGUUGGUGUGGUGGGCAGGAUGGGGGGCCUGCCCUGGACACAGGAGCCCUGCUAAGCAGUACCCCACCUCGGUGCCUGGUGCUUGACUGGAUUUCCCCCCCCCCCCCCCAUGCUGCUGCUAAUUUCACUCUCCAGGCUCUCACCACCCCCAGGAGCCUCCAAGAGCCUUUGCCUCUUGGCUUCCUGCCUCCAACACUCCCCAAUUCUGGAAUAUACCUGCAAAGGGCCUCUCUCUCUCUCCAUAGGUUUCCAGGGCCCAGCUGGAUCUGCAGUCUCUGUAGCUGGUUCUGGGCCUCUUAGCCUUUCUGUUUUAUUCUUGUCUCUCUGUCCAUCUUGUCAGCCCCUCUGUCUGUGCCCUCUUGUCUGUUGAUCUGUUUCUGGGAAGCUCGUCACUAUUGGCCCUGGCUCCUUCCCAAUAUGUCUCUAUCAUCCUUCAUAAACUCACCUUAUUAUCUGUA